AUGCCUGCGGACAUCGCAGAGUUGCGAGAUGCUGAAGAGAGCAUCGCGGAGCUUGAGAGGCUGAGAGAGAAAAUCGCGCAGAAAAUGCUGGCUGCCAACUUGGAUGGCUCCCUUCAGGCUGCGAUUCAGGCACUUGAAAGCCAUAGUCCUCAGAAAAAGCCCGAGAGACAUGUGGAUGACCUUCGCCUCAAGCUUGCGGACCAGCUCACCAACUCUCUGGCGGAUGGCUCCCUGGAGAAGGCCUUGGCGGCGAAUGCUGCGAAAAGCCCACGCAAAGUUGGCGAAGGCAAAGAGGGCAAGGAAAGUGAUGAGGCCGAGCAUGACGUGGAGGUCCUGCGAGAACGCAUUGCUGGCCAGUUGGAGGCAGCUUUGACGGAUGGCUCCCUGGAAACAGCUCUGCAGAUGUGCAUCGUCCCAAAGCAGGACCUGAUGAUCGCGGAGCCUUUGCAAGUAGAGCCUGUGGAAGAUGUAGAGGCGCUUCGAAAGAAGCUGGCCGCCCGCUUUGAGGCCUCGGUGGCUGACGGCUCCUUGGAAGCGGUUCUUGCAGAGCAUGCAGAGCGGUCGGGAAAACCCCAGGACCCCGAGGCGCUUCGGGAGAAGCUGGGCUCCCAGAUGUUGGCCGCCUUCCAUGACGGAUCGCUGGAGGCAGCCCUGGAGGCCAACGCAUCUGCAGCCGAGGAGGAACCUUCAGAGAGGCUAAGAUCAAAGCUGGCAACUUCCUUGUCCCAGUCUUUCUUGGACGGAUCCCUGGAGAUUGCUCUUAGCGCCAGUCUGGACUCUGAGCCUUCGAGCCUGCAGGUGGCGAAGCCGGCAAGACCUAACCGACCGGCCUCGGCCAGAGCCAUGAGUAGCGCUGUUGGGCUUCUUCAGGUGCUCUCUAGCUACGAUC